AUGAAAAGACUCAACACUAUCCCAUCACAACCUAUCUUUUCCAACCUUAUCAAUGGAUGUUUGAAAUCAAGACAAAUCAACAAAGCAUGGAAAACAUUUGAUGAAAUGCGACUCUCCUAUCAUCAACCUGAUGAAGUGACUUUUACAAUGAUGUUACAUGCUUGUGCAAAGGUGAAAAUACAUGGGUUCCAACCAGAUUUGAUUACUUACAAUACUCUUCUUGGAGCUUGUGCAAGAAAGAAAGAUCUUGGCCGAGCUCGUGAAAUCUUCCGUCAUAUUCUACAACAUGAUCAAUUAGAACCUGAUCAUCGAACUUUCACCAAUCUCUUUUGGUCUUAUGCCAAUUACGAUCCUCCAUCAUCAUCAUCAGUUCCGUCAACAUCAUCAUCAUCAUCAUCAUCAUCAUCAGCACUAGUACCCAAUACCAUCGACCAGCUUGUACCAAAUAGUGCACCGACAAGACGGUCAGAAGUAGUGGACGAGGCCAAAAAAAUAUUCUCUUAUAUGACACAACAAGAAGAUCCAGCCAUCGAAAUGACAACAACACUCUUGACAGCCUAUUUGAACACUCAUGUGACACAACGACAGGUCAAGGAUUGUGUCUCACUCUAUGACUCACUCUUUUCCAAAUAUAAUGUGGAACCCAACCCAACAACUUUUAAGGUCAUGAUACGACAUUGCUAUCAAACCAAGGAUACUGCUCUUGCAUGGAGAAUAUGGGAUGACUAUCAAGCAUUUUUGGAAACCAAGGCAUCACAAGCAUAUGAACAUACUAGUGAUAUGACCAUGAUGGAACAAAAGAAGAUGAAAUUAGAGCGACAUCAACAACAAAUCAAGGAAGGUUGGACUUUAGAUCAACAACGUAGUUUGGUAUUAUUGAUGGCUAGUGUGCUUGCAAGGUAA